CAGCUGAUUUCUAAUUUGUGUUGUUUUGGUAGUAUGCUAGUAAAGAAUAUCAAUGCAAUUUACACCAAAAAUAAUCAUAAUUUUUUAUACAUUAUAAAAUUAUAAAUUUUUUAACUAUGGCGCAAAACGAGCCAACAAAUUCCAAUAAUGAUGAAUCCUUAAAGAAUGUCUUUGAUAGUGCAAUGAAAUUGUUCGAUAAAGUGGAAACCGGCAGCGAAGCCACCAACAGUGAUGCGGUGCAGAUGACUGUAAAAACAGCUAUAGCCAACUUUGAGAAAGCAACCAACUUAGUAUCCAUGUCAGGCAUGUUUAGUAAAAAUGAAGCCCUAGAGGAAUUACCAACAGAGACUCUUCAAUAUCUUCUAUUGCCUGCAAUAUUGGGAACACUUACAUUAAAACUUUGCAAUCAGCCAAGAAAAGAUAUAAUUAAUGUGGCUGAAAUUUACUUUAAGGACUUCAUACAGCGAUGUAAAGAUUAUGGAGUCACAGAUGUUGAAAUACCACAAACUGAUAGUGAUGAUAGCAAUGCCCCUAGAUCUCAAACUGAACAGGCUAAAAUAGCUACCAUGGUGCUUUCACGUGAGGCGAAAAUAAAGAGAUACAAAGAGUUGAAGGAGCUCAAAGAUAAAUUAAGCACUUUAUCAAAAUCCAUGGAAUCUCCAAAUGUAGAUGAUCAGACAAAGAGAGAAUACUUCACGACCCUGUUAUUGAAUUAUGUGAACCAAGCCCUGGAUGAACUUAACAGUAUUGAACAGGAAAAGCCCAUUUUGGAGUAUAUGUCUAAGCAUGCAGGAGAAAUGAAACCAAAACAACGCGAGCGUGCCCCGCCCCUAAAGCCAGUUAUAAUAACGCGUGAUGCGUUACAAAAGGCCGUGUAUGGGGCCGGAUACCCUUCAUUGCAUACUUAUAGUAUUGAGGAAUUCUAUGACAAGCGAGUCCGGGAGGGAACGUUUCCAGCUGCAUCAAAUAUUCCACACACAACAAUACAGAAUACAGAAACAGAUGGAGAUGACGCUGAGCAAAUAAAAAAGGAGCAAUUAGCAGAAGAUGACGAUCCCGAAGAGUUAGCGCGCCAACGCAGUAUGGACGAUUACAAGGACGACCAUAGACGUGGAUGGGGCAACAGACAUAACCGGAGCUAGCCGAAUAUAGAUUAUAUACUGUCAAAAAUAAAACUAGAAUUGACGUUAACAGCUGAUAGUUGACUGGUUUUUGUCUAGUGGAUUUGGCAAAAAUAAUAUUGUAACAUCAAUUCAAAAAGUCUUAUUACAAGUCUCCAUAAAAGCAUAAAUUUUCUUAAGAGUGUAAAAUUUAAAAUUGUCGAAUUAACAGUACUUGUGACAGGUUUUACAUGAGUGCUCUUCAGCUUACUUGGCCUGACCCCUCUUUAGUUAAAAAGAUAAUUACUUAAUUUAAAUUAGAAGGAACUAAUUACUAAUUUGUUACAAAAAUCCUGUAUGAUCAAAUAUCAGAUAUUUAAAGUAACAUGUGCUACACUUUCUAAUGAUAUAUUCUUAAUAAAAAACAUAGUUGUUUACUCUUGUUAACUUGUAUACACCUUAACUGAUACAAGAAUUUGUAUUUAAAAAUAAUUAGCAUUGUAUUUCAAUUAAAAGUGUAGAAAAUAACGUGUGUGUACUUGUGUACACGCGUUAGAAGUUAUACUUCUUUGGUGUAACAAUAUAAAAAUCUUGUCAUUUUAUUCUACGAUUGUAGAAAAGAUGACACUAACAAA